AUGGCAUCAUCGAGACCCAUAGAAACAAAGAUCAAGGCCGAAAUUGCUGGAUACGAUUUGCGCACCAGUGAUGGUGCAGCAAAUGCUGUAUACGUCUCGUUUGGACGUACAGUACGGGUCCCCGAUAAUGGAAUUGAGUACCCUCAACUUCCUGAUCUUGGGAAGAUACCUUUAUACUCUAUCAGGAAGUAUGCUUCAAAAUUGUCGAGUGAUAUAGUUGUAAAGGGUGGUGCAUUCAUUCCCAUUCGUCGAAGCGAAGCAUUCUGGCUCAAUUUUCACUCACACAGUGAACAUCCCUUUGCUAUCAAGAUCUAUGUUGAUGGAAUUAACAUCAUUUCGGGAGAGACUAAAUCUGCUACUCAGCAAAACUACAAGGUCAACAAUUGCAAACAGGACUAUAUCGUUGUUCCCGGUCAACAUUGGUUCGAUGGUAUCCCCAACGCAGACGGUAAAGUGACGCAAUUUCCUACCGCGCCUGAGUCUAAAUUAUAUCUAGUACCGUAUAUGUACCAGGAGCGGCUAACCGAAGAAAAGACAAUACUCCCGGAAGGGCUCCUCCACCAGCCUAUUCACAAAGACAUACUUGCCCCUCAACGAUACGAUAGAGGAAAUCAAGGCAUCGUCAACGUACAGCUUUUUGACCCUAAGACAUUCAGCAAGAUCACAGAGGAGGAAGAACCAUCUAACCCACCUAUAGCCGACAUCUAUGCACUCAAAUCCCCUUUCUCUCAAUUUUAUGGAGAGCAAGGUGGAAUUUGGGAACGAAUAUUUGAUUCUAUUGUGGCAAAGGGAUAUGACGGCUUGAAUGAAUUCCAGUUGGUCAAGACAAUUGAGAAUAGGAGUGAAGCGAAGAUUGAACAUGGAGCUGUGGAGUUGAAUGAGGUGGAUAGACAGAGGGAUGGAAUCACUCUUCAUGCUAGAAAUAUGACUUGA